AUGGCUCUGCUGGUCCCAUUCCCUGGAGGGAAUCAGACCAUGGAAUGGAUCCUGCUUCUGCUGCUGCCAGCAGCAUGCCUGCAAGCUGGUAACUCAGGAAGAUCCAACAGAGAAAGACCUUUAGGGGUCCAACAACCAGCACGCCUCUCUGGUGUCCAGGGCGGCUCCAUCGAGAUCCCCUUCUCCUUCUCCUUCUCCUUCCCCUGGGAGUUGGCAAAAGAUCCACAGAUGAGGAUUCUCUGGAGAUGGCAGCACUACCAUGGUGAAUUUAUCUACAACUCCUCCUCGGGUUUCAUCCAUGAGCAUUUCAAGGACCGGCUCAUCCUGAACUGGACACAGCCUCAGACAUCCGGAGUCCUCAGAAUCCUGGACUUGAAGGAGAAGGACCAGACAGUGUACUUCUGCCAAGUUUGUCUAAACACGAAAGAUGGCAUACAGGAGUGGCAGUCAACUGAUGGAACCCAACUCACCAUUACCCGCGUCAGCACCACCAUGCAGAGCCCCUCCAUCAUCACCUCUGCAGUCACCAUGGCUGGACUGGAGGACACAGAGGGCCAGAGGAAUCCUUCUCUUGUGAACCUGGAAGCCACGGUCGGGGUGGUGGUGGCCACGGCUGUGCUCAUAACCCCGGUCUGUGUGAUGAUGAUCUUCCUCUGGUGGAAGAAAAGGUGA